AUGGAGGCUGCCAUGUCUGCAGUUGCAGGCGAACUCCUAAGCCGGUUCAUCUCCUUCCUGAUGAACAAGUACCACUACUCUAGCCAUACACAGUCAGAGAAGAUGGUGGAGAGGUUGCAGCAUCUUCUGAUGAGAGCUUGCACCAUCGUCGAGGAGGCGGACACACGAUACAUAACCAACUCUGGGAUGUUGAUGCAGCUCAAGAUGCUCUCAGAGGCCAUGUAUAGAGGAUACAGCGUGAUGGAUACCUUGAGGUACCAUACCCUCCAAGACAGUGCAGGCUUCGACGAGGUUAGCAUCAACGACACAUCUAGCAGCAGCUUAUAUUUCACCAUUCCUUUCAAGCGCUCUCGAACAAUAACUCGGAAAGAUGGCAAGGCCAUGCGCCAUGAGCCAUAUGGUGCCUUGGAAAGAUUAGAAGUCGCUGUUGCUAAUAUGGCAGAAUUUGUCGUGCUUCUGGGUGGAUGCGAGCGCAUGUUUCGCAGGCCAUACAACAUUUAUCUUUACACCGACAACUUCAUGUUCGGCCGACACGCUGAAAAACAAUAUCUUUUGAGCUUCUUGUUGCAGCAAAACCCUCCUGGUGAUGCACCGAUCGUUAUUCCUAUCAUAGGUGGUGCCAAACUUGGAAGAAGUCUUUGGUUGCUCAUGCAUGUGGCGACGAAAGGGUUCGUUCACGCUUCUCUUCUGUUUUGCACUUGA